AUGUGUAUCCCAGUAAAUGAAGUAAAAAAGCAUUUCAAGUCAGAAAGGCCAGUUAUGUCAAAUAUUACCCAUAAAUCAGAUUAAUGGAGUCCUUAUCAUGAUAAUUCAGGAACUGUAUUAGGUAAGACAUCUAAUAAAAAUGGCAAGCUGUUGGAAUUCCUGGAUCUGUGUUAGUAGCAGUAGACCCUAGAUUGAGCAAUGGUUAUAAUAUACUCACUCGAGAUGCAACUAAGUUAUCAUAAUUGACUGAUAAGUGUGUUUAAGCUACUGCUGGUUAAUAUGCAGAUUUUAUAGCCUUAAGGAAAUUCUUGUAAUAAAGACUGCAAUUAUAUGAAUUCUAAAAUGAAGUUUAAGUAUUUAAUUAUAAAAUAAGCAAGGCUUCAACACAAACUGUAGCUCAUUUGCUAUCUAGAGAACUUUAUUCUAAAAGAUUUUUCCCUUAUUACACUUUCAACUUAUUGGCAGCCUUGAUGAAAAUAACAAUGGAGUUGUUUAUGGGUAUGAUGCAAUUGGUAGUUAUGAUUAAAUGACUUAUGGUGUUUAAGGCGGUGGACAGCUGUUUUAGAUAAUUAACUCAAAGGUUACAAUAAAAUCAAUAAAACUUUCCCUUAAACUCAAUAAGAAAAUUUAGAUCUCAUAUUAGAUUGCUUCGGUUGUGCUGCUUAAAGAGACACACACACGGGUGACAAUGUUGAAAUUCUUAUCAUCACUCCUACUGGUACAGAGAGAAUUGUUAAACCUCUCAAAAAAUAGAUUAUUAAUUGGGUAUCUUUGA